CUUACGACCCCAAUUGGCUGGACUCUUGCUGGACUCCGGGCUCGUUGUUUUCCUCGUUCCUCCUGUCAUCAUGGCACAAUGGGGACAACAGCCGCAAGGGUUCCAGUAUCCAAUGCAGACUGGAUUUCCAGGUGCCAAUCCACAAUUUCAGCAAAACCCCCAAUUCCAGCAACAAAAUCCACAAUACCAGCAGGGUUUUAACCCAGCAUCUGGAGGUCUCCUUCCUCAAAGAACCGGAUUUCCAGGACAGAUGCCUCAAGGCUUUCAACAGCCUCAGCAGACUGGUUUCCCUGGACCUGGUUUCAUUCAAUCGCAACCGACAGGGUUUCCGGGAGGUGGUAUGAUGCAACAGCCUCAACAGCUUGGGCUUCGGCCAGCUCCUCCGCCACCUCCUGUACCUCCUCUUCCAAAUCAGUUUCAGCAGCAGCAGAGUCCAUCUCUCUUUCUUGGAGGGCAGCAGCAGGUGGGUGCAAGCGGGUUUUUGAGCCCAUCCCCUGGAGGUGGUCCUGGAAUGGCGCGUCCAUUAGUGCCUCAAAUGACCGGUUAUGUGGAUCCUAGAUUGCAGAUGAUGUCAAGUACCUUCAUGCCUUUGAACACUUCUGCACCAUACGGUGCGGGAGGGGCACCUCAACUUCCAUCUCAACAGCUCCAAGGUGGUCUAAAUCUGCAGCAGUCUUUCCAGCAGCACAAUCAGGAACAAAGGGGAACGACGGCACUCAAAGUUCCUUGGGCUCUAUCGAAAGCCGAGAAGAAGCAGUAUGAUCAAAUCUUCCGUGCGUGGGAUGCGCAGAGUACGGGAUUCAUCAGUGGUCAGACUGCGUUAGAGGUAUUUGGGCAGAGCGGAUUGAGUAAAGACGAUUUAGCUCGGAUAUGGACUCUUGCUGACGUGGACGAUCGCGGAACGCUCAAUAUCGCCGAAUUUCACGUAGCAAUGGGUCUUAUCUAUCGCAGGCUUAACGGAAAUCCCAUACCGGACCAGCUUCCUCCAGAACUUGUACCGCCUUCAGCUCGUGAUCUCGACAGCUCUGUCGAUCUUCUCAAAGACCUGCUCAAGAACGAACCUCACAGUACCGACUCCAGAAUGAGAAAUCGUUCUUUACUUUCCUCAGAAUCCUCUCUUGACCCUCGACGUGAUGCCACUAUCUACAAACACAGUGACGAGGGCUCAGCCGAGAGUGUCUACCAACCACGUUCACGGCACGUCGACCGUAGAGCUGUUCGUUCUAGGAAUGAGACCGGCGCGGAAGCCGACCUCAGUGACGUUAAACGCAUGCUUGACAAUAUCGAUCGGAGCUCUGAAGCGAAUUCUUCCCGUACUGCCGAAGACGAAGCCCUCGAUGGUGAGAUGGAGGAUCUCAAAUAUCGCGUCAAGAGAAUUGCUGAAGACCUUGAGUACUUGUCGAGGCCUCCGAGAACAAAUUCCAAGGAUGAUGAAAAGCGAAAGUUGGAACGUGAACUUCUUGCUCUGAGACAUGAGAAACUUCCUGAGGUCGAAAGGAAGAUAAAAGCCAGAGAUGAACGAAAGGAGAGGGAAAAGAGACAGUGGGCUCGUGAUCGAGAUCGUGCAAACGACAGAUUCGGACGCUAUGAUGACCGAGACGAUCGAGACAGAGAAAGGUUUGGGUCGAGACGUUAUGACGACGACAGGGACAGACCUUAUUCACGAGGAGCUUACGACGAUCGGUCGUACUCUAGAGGCUCUUAUGAUGAUAGACCAUACUCGAGAGGCCCUCGUGACGACCAUGACCGGCCUCCUUCUCGUUCUCGAGAUGACUACGGUAGACCUAGUCCAGCUCCUCCCAGGGAGAGGUCUCCACCUCCUGCGCCUAUAAGUAAUAGAGAACCUCCACCAGCUAGACCCACUCCUUCACCUGCACCGUCUACCAAGAAAAUGACGCCAGAAGAACGAAAAGCUGACAUUCAACGGCGCCUCCAGGAACGUAAAGCUGCUUUGGGUCUUAUUGCCACACCCUCCGCUACACCCGUCGAUACAUCAGUGGAAGAUCGACUCGAUCAAGAAAAGAGAGAAGCUGAAGAGAAGGCCAAAGCAGCUGAAAAAGAGGCAGCGGAACGGGAGGCUUUACGAAGGGAACGAAUGGAACAACAGAAGGCAUUGAAAGAAGGAAAGGUCUCACCAGCACCACCUUCUGCCGUUGCACCACCGUCUCGAACUGCACCCGCCCAGCCUGUACCUCCCGCGAAGAAAGCUGCCCCUCCGCCUCCCAAACCUAGGGCUGCUCCUCGUCCACCUCCAGCGCCUAAAGCAGCACCAGCACCGCAACCACCAGCGCCAACACCAACGCCACCGGCCCCACCGGUGCAGCCAGACGUUGAUGCAGAAGAGAAAGCUCUUCGUGCACGGGAAGAGGCUUUACGAAAGCAGCGUGAAGCUCGGGAAGCUCGUCUCCGAGAAAUAGAGAGGCAGGAGGAGGAAGCUAGGCGUGAAGAGGAAGCCUAUCAAGCCAAAAUGCAAGCGCUGAAGAAUAAAAAUCCGACUCCUGCUCCGGUUGAACAGCCCGCCAUUCCAGCUGUUCCACCACCACCACCCCCUCCGACAGUAAGCCCACCAACCGAGAAAGGUAGUACAAACCCAUUCAGUCGACUCAUCAAGGAAGGAGGGGUUGUAUCGACACCUCCGCCUGCUGCUACUGUGACAAAUCCAUGGUCAAAAUCUGCACCCUCAUCUUCUCCAGCGCAACCAGCGCAACCAAAGGCACCUACACUACCGGCAACUCAAACUUCUGGCCUACCACCCCCAACCAGGAGCACGACAACGACUCCAACGCCAGUCAUGUCACCCUAUCAUACGGUAUCCUUGAGUCAAGAUGAUGACUGGGAUGUCGUUGAGGAGAAAGAGGAUGAUGAUUCAGAUAGCGAAGAUGAAGGUGUCAAGAUUCGCAGCUUUAAGGAUGAUAUCGCCAGUAAACUGUUUGGAAGGACUGCUGGAUCGCCAAUCGGUAGUACACCUGCUUCGCCAGCACCUAUUGUGCCUACACCCCCGCCCCAAACAUCUUCGGCGCCUCCCAUACCUCCCGCGCCUCCUGCUGCACCUACGACCCCCGUCCCUCCAGUGAGCGUCGGUCCACCGCCGCCACCACCGCCGCCACCACCAUCUGUAAAUGCUCCACCAUCCUCGGGUCCCCAAGAUCGCGGGGCUUUGCUCAGCUCCAUCCGGAGCGGUCUGAACCUUCGUCCUGCUAAGACUGUUGAUAAAAGUGGGCCUCAGCUUGCUGGUAGUGUUUUGGGUGAUAGCGCGCCUCCCGAACACAUCCUGAAUGCUGCGGCUUCACCCUCACCACCUUCCGAACACGAUACGUUACCUGAACCCUCACCUAUGGCUUCUGAAUCGUCAUCUACAUCUACUAAUCGCCAAUCCGUGGAUUGGUAUGCGGGUUUAGCAGCUGAUGCGACCAAGCAAACGUCAGCCCCUCCUGUAGCAUCUGUAGAACGACUACCAUCUACCCUUGAAGAGGCCGAAAGCAGUGACGAUGAACCGGAGGAUCCUGUCGGCCGGAUCGGAAAUCAUACAAAUCGCAUUCCAGAUAUUCAGGUUGAAGAAGUUCCCUCAGACUCGAUGGCAGAUAUUGACAUGUCUAAGGAACUACGGGCUCGUUCAUUAUACGCGUUCGAAGGGGAUGGUCCUGAAGAUUUAAGCUUUGCCGAAAACUUGGUCAUCACCGCUCACCCAUCGAAGACUGGGGGAGACUGGUGGUAUGGUACUCUGGUUAGCUCCGGCAAGUCUGGUCUCUUCCCCAAGACCUAUGUACAGGAGAUUCGACCAGUGACAGCCAAGGCGAUUUAUGCAUACACCGCUGAAAACUCCGACGAGCUCUCAGUCUCAGAAGGUGAAGAAGUGACUGUAGUAGAUCAGAGUGACGAUGAAUGGUGGAAGGCCGAGCAAAAGGGCGUGGUUUUGAUUGUUCCCGCUGCCUACCUAGAAGUUGUCGAGGAUUUACACGUUGCAUUUCAUGCAGCACGCCAGCCAUAUGAUGGAACAAUGAUGGGAUCCCGCCCGCCUCCCACCACACCGUUACAACCCGAGGUUAUCUCACCUAAUCAUUCCAGCGAUAAGCCAACCGUGAAAGUACAGACGCAAAAGGACUCUGACAGUGAUAGUGAUUCCGAUUAUCUCUCCUUUGACGGGGGCGAGAGCGAUAGCGAUGCGGAACAUGGACAAGAAACGAAAGAGGACCGUACCGCUCGGGAACACGAAAGACAGAUGGUUCUUGAAGCCGCGGGUCUAAUCAUUAAACAGGACGUGAAGUCACCUCUCAUCAGAAGAAAAAGCAAGCGUAGACCUCCUCCUUCAGCACCACAAAGACUGUCCAUCUCUUCUUAUAAAGACCUGCCAUCCGUUCCCGAUGACGAACCUCCCACUGACCAUAUUACACACCUCAAUGACGCGUUUGACCGAUACGAAUUGUUCAAACAAGCACAGCUUGACUCUAACCGAUUUUCUGUCGCUUCUUCUGUCGAGACUGGGUCUUCCUCGCCCUCCGCGUCCGUAUCAACCUUCUCGAUUGCUUCGCCAACUCAAGGACAAGGAGAGGGACGUGGUUUCCUUGGUUUCUUAGGUCGAAAGACGCCAGUUGAAACUGAAAAACGCACGCUAACAAUAUCAGGUCCUAUACAUAUUGCCAGCGAAGAGACGACACGUUCGAGCAGCCCAGCGUUUGGAAGUUCCUGGGCCAGCUUGGUGGAUAAAACAGCGUUAGAUGGUAUACCAUCUGAUGAAAGACGUCGUCAAGAGACAAUAUUCGAGUUAAUUGCGACCGAAAGCGCCUAUGUCCAUGAUCUGCAGCUCAUUGUAGAGGUCUUCUAUUCGAGUAUGAUACCUCUUCUGGACACAAAAGCAGUCACCGUGAUAUUCGCAAAUAUUGAGGAUAUAUUACUCACUAAUACGAGCUUUGUUAGUUCUCUGGAAGAGAGGCAGAAGGACUGUCGACUGUACAUCGACAAAAUCGGGGAUCUGCUUCAAACGCAUCUACCGAAUAUGACUGUAUAUACGGAGUACUGUGUCAAUCAGUUCAAUGCCAUUCAAGUAUUGAAGUCGCUUCGAGAUACAAACCCUGAACUGUCUUCGCAUUUAGCCAAACUCAGAGAUGACCCUUCGACCAGAAACCUCGACCUAUCCAGCUAUCUGUUGAUACCCAUGCAAAGAAUAACGCGAUAUCCUCUACUCAUUCGACAGGUUCUUCAAUAUACCACCGAAUCUAGUGAACAAAAUGUGGUACGGAAGUCUUUGGAAGUGGCUGAGAAGCUCUUGGACAGGAUCAACGAAACAAUUCGGGAUCAGGAAGGACAGGAAACCCUCAAGAAGGUUUCUCAACACUUGUGGAUCGGUCAAGGUCGUUUGGAUUUGACUGCACCUACCCGGCAUAUGGGCCCACGAAAGUUAAUCAAAGAGGGAGACCUGAUGAAAGCCAAGAGUGGUCGGAAAUUACAUGCUUUGCUCUGUAGCGACAUUUUGGUCCUUGCCGAUGCUGCCGGCAAGAACUUGUACCGAAUGCCCAUUGCGUUAUCGGAAGCUCAAGUCAAAGAUCUCCCUGGUGCGAGAGAUGAUCUUGGAUUCCAAUUGACCCUGCCCUACCCACGAGGUGGAGAAUCUAUAAAUCUUCGAGCUUCCUCAGUACGAGAUUGUCAACUAUGGAUGGAAGCUAUCGAAAACGCCUGUCGAAAAUGUAAAGAAGCAGAGCGUCGUGCUGCCCGUAAAUCCCGGGGCUGAGUAUGACAAUAUAAUGGACUCCGGAGCGGAUUUGAAGUCAUUUUUUAAAGGGAACUUACGAAGAGUUUUUAUAAUCCGAUAUCUUUCAUUUAUCAGCUUUAAAGCCCAUGUUACCACGAUACUUCAACUAUGUGAUAAAUAGGCAAGUGCAUAAUUCAUAUAUGUGAUAUCUAGUAAUACUUCAAUAAACGGAUGACAUGCGAGGUGCAGGCGAGAGUUAGAUAGAUAUCGAGUAUCAGCCACAGGUGACUUUCCGAACGAGAGCGGUCUCCAGAACCGACUUGUUUUUGACCUUCACUGCGCCUGCUGAUAAAGGUUUGAGGCCGUUCCUAGGCGCAUACUGUACUUCCAAAGCCAAGGCCUUUGUCAGGAUAGGUUGAGGGGGCAGACAAUGUGCGAUGUAUCGAGAGAUAGAGAAUCAGACGGUGAGUGGAAAGUAGUAUUUCAGUGAACUGUGCGUGGUCACUCCUUUUACCACGACGUGGGAUACAAUAAGACGUUAACAACCUGGUGGGUGUUUUCGGUCGGGGCGGUGACAAUGACAACGAGAGUUGAAGAGCAAAACAUGUAACACCACGGUGGGAGGUAUACUGAGAAUGGAGUCCCUGGAGGUUUUCAGCUUUAGCGAUCCGAUAGCGGUGGAAAGAUCCGGGAUUUCGAUGCAGAAAGUUCGUUGCCGUGAGUGCCCAGUCUUCUUGCCCUUGGAGUUGCUGUAAAGGAGAGGUUCUCUUCCAGUGGUGUAUCGGUUGGCUGGGAUAUAGAGUUUAGCAUCAAGUUCAGGUAGAGUGCAGUCAUACGUCAUUCGACUAGCUGGUAUGAAAUCGUAUGUGAAACCGUGGCAUGGAAGGUCAAGAAUGGAUCAAUUGCAUCCACUCUACCAGCCUGGGCUUCGACAAAACCGACUAUUGGGAAAACGCAGUUUCUAGCUAAUGCCUCGCAGGCCUGGAAAUUCCGUUUAGACACGAGGAAUGGCGGUUUACUCACUAGGGAUAGCGUAGCUUUUCUUGAGGCGACCAUCAUAGGCUGUUUGUCCUCCAUUCGGUCCAAAAUUCCUUCUGAGACGUGGCACUGUGUUGUCUUGGUACGGAUGUAUGGAGAGAAAAAUGGACAUACAGAGCUCACGCUACCGAUGAAUGUGGCACGACUGAGAUGUUCGAGAAAAGAGUGGAAUGAUAGAUAUUGUGCUCGGUGUAGGAAUGAAGACGAUCGUGGAUGUAUGAAAUGGAGAACAAGGGUACGAGCCGGGAACAAACGUUGGACUGUUAUUGUGAUGCAUGGUGGCUCCGAGGGGUUUACUCAGAUGGAUGUCUCUGAAGAUAGUGGAAUAAAAGGACGUUU